AUGUACCAGUUCAGAUGGCUAGCUCAGCCAAGGCUAUGUUUACGCAUCGUUUCCAGCCGAUGGUUCGACUAUGCCAUUGGAUGCGUAAUCCUGUUCAACUCACUUCUCGUUGGCAUUGAGGUUCAGCUCAGUCUGGUUGGCCAGGAUGUGGAUUGGAUGCAGCCUCUGGACACAGGCUUCAUAGCACUGUAUUUUAUUGAGCUGUGCAUGCGGCUGAUUGGUAUGGGCUGGCGACAGUGUUUUUGCGAUGGAUGGUUCCUUUUGGAUUUUACACUGGUUGUCCUGGGCAUUGUCACAGUGUUCGUGCUGAUGUUUGGUUCCGGUGGUGACCUGGGCCUUCUCGAGUCCGUGUUGGUGGUUCGUGCCAUGCGGCUUCUGCGUCUCAUCCGGGCGCUCCGGAUGCUGAAGUACUUCAGAACCGUGUGGAGACUGGUGUAUGGCCUGCUGACAUCGCACAAUGCUAUGUUUUCAACGCUGGCGCUCAUACUGUUGACGCUGUACGUCUUUGCAUGCUUGGGUGUUGAGCUGAUCACGAAAGAUGAGAAUCUUCUGGAAAUAGCAGAGAUUAAGCUGAUCGUGGACACCCACUUCAUUUCCGUCUUUGUUUCCAUGCUGACCUUGGUGCAGUUCGUCACCGUGGACUCAGUUGCAUAUAUCUAUGCGCCUUUGAUAAAAGAAAAGCCGAUACUUGCCCUAUAUUUCUUUGCCAUCAUCUUGAUUGUUUCGAUUGCCCUCAUGAACCUGGUGACGGCUGUCUUGGUUGAAGGUGCUCUGGAGAAUGCAGCUCAUGACAGAGAGGCAGAUAAGCUCAACCUGCAGGAGAAGCUCAAGGAAGCGGUUCCAAGGUUGAGGGAGGUCUUUGCCGCGAUGGAUGCCAACGGCGAUGGAAAUGUGACAUUAGAGGAGAUAGAAGCAGUGCCAAUGGACGUCAUACCCAAAGAGUUCUUCGAAAAGAAUUCCGUCGGCAGCAUGCAGGCGCAGCAUGCACGGUGGUGUGAAUAG